AUGAGACGCGGAGGCCCCGAGGUGGAGGCCUGCGGUGUGUGGCUGGACGCGGCGGCGCUGAAGAGGCGGAAAGUGCAGACACAUUUAAUUAAGUCAAGUACUGAAAUGCUAACGCUCUUUCCUGGAGAGAGAAAGGCUAAGAUCUCUUUUACUCAAAGAAGAGCUCCACCUGCAGGCGUUCGGCAGACCAGCAUUGCUUCCUUCUUCACCUUGCAGCCAGGAAAGACAAAUGGUGGUGAUAAGAGGAAUGUUUCAUCUCAUAUACAAAGUCAGACCAGCAGAGAGUCUAAGAAAGAGGCAACCCAGCUAGACCAUCUGAUCCAGGGCUUGGGGGAUGAUUGCAUGGCACCCCCUUUAGCCACUUCAACCCCUGCAGACAUCCAGGAAGCUGGACUUUCUCCUCAGUCCCUCCAGGCUUCUGGUCAACACAGAAUGGGAACCCCAGUCAUGACUCUGUCUUUGUUCCAGCCUGAUACCUUAGUCUGUGCUGGAGAGAAGCAAGACUCACUGGCUUGUCCCUUCACCCAGGACUUGGAAAGUUCUUGCUCGCUGGAUCAAAAGGAGGGAGAGAAGGAUUCUUCCUGGAAGAGGGAAUGGCUUCGUGGAUCUAAGAAAAAGAACUCUCAGGGUAUGGAGAGAUGCAGUAAACCCUCUGGGGGUAAGGGCCACCAGCCCUUGGACAAGUCUAAAUUGGAGAAGGUGUCUGCCCGAGAAAAUAGGCAGGCCCCUGUCCUCUUUCAAACAUACAGGGAUUCCUGGAGUGGAGAAAACGCAGAAGCAGUGAAACAAAGUUCUUGUCCUGUUAUUGUGUUUUCCUGGGACAGUGAAAAGAAUGACAGGGACUCCUGGAGUCAGCUUUUCACUGAGGAUUCUCAGGGCCAGCGGGUCAUUGCCCACAACUCUAGAUCUCCUUUCCGAGAGAUCACCAACAACCAGAAUCAGGGCUUAAGGCAGUUUCCUCACAGCUCUGGGGCUCCGUGCCAGGACAGGCCCACUCAGUUAGGUGUGCAGCCUGAUUUGCUCUUUACCCAGGACUCCGAAGGCAAUCAAGUUAUCAGGCAUCAAGUCUAA